AUGGCGUUUUUCCGAUAUUUCUAUUGGUUUCUCUUGGCAUCGGCCGUGGCGGCCCAAGCUGAAGAUGCCGUGGAAUACGGUGUGGAUGUGUCGUUUCCCAUUCACCAUCGAAGAAUGAGUGACAAUUAUGCAUGGCUUCCACACAACAACAACAAUGGCCACCACAAGACGCCCAAGCGGUACGAGGACAUGGUGGUCUCUCCUUUGCCGCACCGAGAAGAAGCCUACCAAGAAUUUCUAAAAUCGUGCGAAGAAGCCUUUGGAAAGAAGGGAAGCCGCUGUCGCAUGACCGAACAAGAUCGGAUUGACAUGAGUUUGCGACAACCGCAGAGUAUGCAGAACUACACAGAUAUUGGAUUCAAAAAGAUCAAAGCACCAGAGAAAAUGUUCAAACUCAUCAAGGACUUUUGGGAGGCCAACAAGGACAAACAAAAGAAGGAAACUUGGGGGACUGCCAAUACCUACACCAACAACUGGGUCGUUCCUACGUACAUGGUUUCUGUGGAAGAUUCAGGUUUGCGUGGUGGUGGCUUUGGCUUGAAGCAACAAAUUUGGAAUGCGGCACGAGAUACCAUUCAAGAAUGGACGGGACAAGAAUUGACCGAAUGCUCACUCUAUGGAAUUCGCGUCUACAAGGGAGGAUCCAUCUUGUCCACCCACGUGGAUCGAUUGCCAUUGGUCAGUUCCGCCAUUAUCAAUGUGGCAGCCGAUGUCGAUGAACCAUGGCCCUUGGAAGUAUACGGUCACGACGGCAAGGCCACCAAUGUCACGAUGGAACCGGGGGACAUGGUCCUCUACGAAUCGCAUUCGGUCCUUCAUGGUCGCCCGUUCCCAUUGAAGGGACGAUAUGUGGCGAAUAUUUUCAUUCACUUUGAACCAACGGGCCACAGUCUUCGUCAUGAAGAAAAGUUAGAGGAGGAACAAAAGGCUCGAAUGGCAAAGGAAAAGAAGACUGAUAGCUGGGUCUCACAAUACAAAUUGGCUUCCAAGAUGGGUUUUGGUGGACAUGAAAAUGAUAACAGUGGUCUUCCGCCUUACAUUAUUCCCGGAACUCCCGAGGAGUCAAACUGGAGACGCAGUCAUCCCAGUGGACACAAUGAGAACUUUGACAGCUUCACCACUGGGUCCACACCCGUCCAUUUCGCCGCACAAAAGGGUGACUUGGGAGCCAUCAAGAAACAUGUACAUGCUGCGAAAGAAAGUAUCAAUGCGAAAGACAAGAAUGGUUGGACCCCUUUACACGAGGCUGCAAGAGGUGGCCACAGAGAUGUUGUCCAAUAUCUGGUCGAAAAUGGUGCCGAUUACAACGAAUUGACUGGAGUUGGAGAAACUGCACUUUGGUGGGCCCGUCAUGAGUUUGGCGAUGAACAUCCCGUGGUCGAAUUCCUAGAGGGGAUGGGGGCCUUGGAGAUUGGUCCUGACCUCUAA